CGCGCGAGGGCUGGGUCGCCACAGCCGCGAGGGGCUCUGAGGCGCGAUGGCUGCCCGUUGCUUGGGCUGCGGCGUCGGGCGGCUCCUGGGCGGCCUUCGCGGGGUGGGGGCUCGGGGCCCCGGGGUCCCCCGUCUCUGGAGCAGCGCCCCCGCCGCGCCGCCCGGCUCUUAUCAGGAGCGGAUCGCGCUGGCCGCGCGCGAGCCGGCCGCCUUCUGGGGGCCGCUGGCGAAGGACGUGCUCGUGUGGGACACCCCCUACCACACGGUGAGCGACUGCGACUUCCGCAGCGGCAAGAUCGGCUGGUUCCUGGGAGGCCAGUUAAAUGUGUCCGUCAACUGCCUGGAUCAGCAUGUUCAGAAGUCCCCAGAGAGCGUUGCUUUGAUCUGGGAGCGGGACGAGCCUGGAACUGCGGUGAGGAUCACCUACAGGGAGCUGCUGGAGACCACAUGCCGCCUGGCCAACACACUCAAAAGGCAUGGAGUCUGCCGAGGGGACCGUGUGGCCAUCUACAUGCCCGUCUCUCCUAUGGCCGUGGCUGCAAUGCUGGCCUGCGCCAGGAUCGGAGCCGUCCACACCGUCAUCUUUGCUGGCUUCAGUGCGGGGUCCUUGGCUGGGAGGAUCAAUGAUGCCAAGUGCAAAGUGCUCAUCACCUUCAACCAAGGACUCCGGGGAGGGCGCGUGGUGGAGCUGAAGAGGAUCGUGGACGAAGCCGUGAAGCUCUGCCCCAGCAUCCAGCAUGUCCUGGUAGCUCACAGGACAGACAACAAGGUUCCCAUGGGGAACCUGGACAUCCCCCUCGAGCAGGAGAUGGCCAAGGAGGAGCCCGUGUGCGCCCCGGAGAGCAUGGGCAGCGAGGACACGCUCUUCCUGCUGUACACCUCGGGGAGCACCGGGAAGCCCAAGGGACUCGUCCACACCCAGGCAGGCUACCUGCUCUAUGCCGCCCUGACACACCGGCUAGUGUUUGACUACCGGCCAGGCGACAUCUUUGGCUGCAUGGCCGACAUCGGCUGGAUCACAGGACACAGCUAUGUGGUGUAUGGGCCCCUCUGCAAUGGAGCGACCAGCGUCCUUUUUGAGAGCACCCCAGUUUAUCCUGAUGCUGGUCGGUACUGGGAAACAGUGCAGAGGUUGAAGAUCAACCAGUUCUAUGGUGCCCCGACGGCCUUCCGGCUGCUACUCAAAUACAGUGACUCCUGGGUGAAGAAGUACGACCGCUCCUCCCUGCGGACCCUGGGCUCAGUGGGAGAGCCAAUCAACCACGAGGCCUGGGAGUGGCUGCAUCAAGUGGUGGGGGACGGCCGGUGCACGCUGGUGGACACCUGGUGGCAGACAGAAACGGGUGGCAUCUGCAUCUCUCCACGGCCCUCGGAGGAGGGGGCGAACAUCCUGCCCUGCAUGGCGAUGAGGCCCCUGUUUGGCAUUGUCCCUGUUCUCAUGGACGAGAAGGGGAAGGUCCUGGAAGGUGGAGAUGUGUCCGGGGCUCUGUGCCUGUCCCAAGCCUGGCCAGGCAUGGCCCGGACCAUCUACGGAGACCACCAGCGGUUCAUAGACGCCUACUUCAAGGCCUUCCCAGGUUACUACUUCACUGGGGACGGGGCGUACCGAACCGAAGAGGGCUACUAUCAGAUAACAGGGCGGAUGGACGAUGUCAUCAACAUCAGUGGCCACCGGCUGGGGACAGCAGAGAUUGAGGAUGCCAUGGCCGACCAUCCCGCGGUGCCGGAGACUGCCGUCAUCGGCUACCCCCAUGACAUCAAGGGAGAAGGUGCAUGUCCUCGAAGACUCUCCCAGUGGCCAGGCUCCGUGGAGAGAAGCAGAUCCAGAGGGGGGCAGGGUUUCUCGUGGGUCAGGCUCCUGGUUCACAUGUCCUCUCAAGGGGGGAUUGGGGAAGGCCCCACUCUGCCAGCCUGCAAGGACCCCCCCUCCCCAGCCACUGUGGCUUCUGUGGCCCUGCUGAGCUCAGGGAGCUCCCUCCUGUUCCCGGGGAUUCUGGAGGUCCUGUCAGGGAUGGCGUGUACCAGGUGCCCCUCGCUGCCCACAUGUCCUGGCUGCGCCACAGCACCCAGUGCUUGGAAGCGACCUGACUUCCCUGAGACUUUGGAGGAGCCUGACCUUCCGGUCCUCCUGCACGGCCAGGGGGAGCAGAGCGAGUGAUUGAUCUGGUCCUUACAGGAGACAUGCCUGGUUCCAAGGUCCUCUGGCUUCUAAGCUAUGGGUCUGGGAAGGGGCAGGGCCACCUGGGUGUAGUAAUGCCAGACAUGUGGCAGCCAUCCAGCCUGACCUGACCUGGGCUGGCCUGCUGUGACCAGACACUUUGACCCUUUGCUCCCCUGCUGGGCAGACUGACCUCUGCUGCCCGGCUGAGGCCUGGGAAUUCUCCCUCCUGCUGUUAGGACACCCGGUGUCAGAGUGUGUCCCAGUGUUCCUGCUUCUCAGCUACGUCUGUGUGCCAGUCUUCCAUUAUUUAUUUGCCUGUCUCCAAGCCAACAUUUAUUUAAGUGCUUAAAAAAGUAUUUUCGGUCGCCAGAGGGAGGAUGUGCCCAUGAAGCUGCUGCCUUGUUAACAGGCCGGAAUGGGGGCUGUUGGGUCAAGGGGCGAGAUGGGGGUUGGUCCUUGCUUGUGUGUCUCCGGGGCUGCAGGCCACGUCACGCUCCCACCAGCAGCCCUUCCCUAUAUUCUAAGUGGCUCUGGUAUUGCCUGCCAGGCUUUGGGAGAGAAUUUGUAUGUCGAGUAUGGUGAUGUGCAUUUUCCUGAUUUCUAACAAAUUUGAGCAUUUGUCCAUUGCAAAACAUGAACAGCAGUACAAGCUGUUGGUACAUAUUUGUCCCCAUGCCAUCUGUUUGCCCUCGAUCGGAUGGGGGAGCCCCUGGGUCUCAUGUGACUAGGACCCAGACCUGAGAGGGACCGAAGUCCUGCCCUGUGGUGCUGGAGGGGCCUGGCUAGAGGGGGCAGACAGACCAGUGGGGGGUCGACUGCGAUGGGGUGUGUCCAGGAUCGGACAGGUCCAGGAUCAUUAGGGAGGCUGCACGUGUGUGGAACUGGGUCGGAGAGGGGGACAGGGCAGGUCAGUGGGGAACAGGAGGACUGUCCACAGGGUGCUAGGACAGGGACUGCUCAUGGGGAGAGAACGGAACUCGGUGUAUAUGUGACUGCGUGUGGGUCAAGGAGACUCAUGCUGGAUGCCUGUGGAGGCCACUUCUAUAGUCUUGGGAGGGCUGAAAACUACCCCUAGUGUUUAUGCUACAGUGUCGGUUGACCAGUGUGGCCCAGUGGAACUGCCUUCUGCCACAGAGCCACUCUUCACCUGGGCUGCCCUGUGUCAGCCUCUGGCUCCAUGUGGCUACCGUGACCAGGGAGCUGCAUUUCCCACUUAUGGGGCUUAUGAUUAAGCGGCCAUGUGGCUGUGCCCGCCAUGCUGGACACCUGCUCAGAGGCGAGAGUCAGUCUCCUACAGCCCACGUGGUGCAGGUGCAGUCUCAACUCCAGGGUCCCACACAUGUGCUGCCCACUUCUACUGUGAGUGAAGACAGUAAAGCACCCUCAGGGCUGCAGCUAAAGGCACCUGCGGCCACACAGGUUGAUUGAAACCCCUGGGAUUCAGGGUGAUUUGCGUGCAGCCUUCUGCCUUGGGAGAUGGCUUGUGGCCGGACACCCCCAAACCUUUGUUCUCCCUCCAGCUGCGUUUGCCUUUAUCGUGUUGAAAGAUGGCACAGGGGACGUGGACGUGGUGGUGAAAGAGCUCCGGUCGGUGGUGGCUGACAAGAUUGCCAAGUAUGCGGUGCCCGACCAGGUUCUGGUGAGUGGAUGCGCCCCAGGGGUCGCUGUGUCUCUGCUGUCCAGCCUCCUGCUUCCUGCCCUCAAUGGGGCGGUGGCUAGAGCCAGGUGCUGCAGAGAACUGCGAGUGUAAACAUGGGCCUGGGUGGGGUUGGCGCUCCUCAGCCUGUGUGGUUUCGGGAGGAACCGGGCUGCCUUUUCAGCCCCACUGGCUUUUCCCUUUUCUGUUAAUGCCGGGCCACAGCUUUCCUCACCUGGGAGCCGCCCCUCUGAGACAGGGGUCCAGCUUGACCUGCGCCUGGUGACCAGAAGUCCCUGUGGGUGAACUGGACUCUUUCAAAGACAAGGCCCCCUGCUGUGCUUCUUAACAUAUUGGGUUGAUGUUGGAUGCCUGCAAUUGGAAAAUGUUAAAUGCCAAAUUUCAAACACCCAGCAAGACAUUUUCCUUUUAGGCAGCUCUUGCUUCUGGUGUUAGAAAAAGUGGGGUGGCCACCAGGCAGCUGGUGCAUGGGAGUCCCCAUGGGGCGGGAGGAUGUCCUCCCCUGGGUAGAGCCCCGCUUGUCUCAGCACGGCCGGCUUGUCUCUGGACGCGGCAGGGAGUCGGGAGGGCCCACCGCUCUAACGCUGCGCCUCCUUUGCCAGGUGGUGAAACGUCUGCCAAAAACUAGGUCUGGAAAAGUCAUGCGGCGGCUCCUGAGGAAGAUUGUCACUGGCCAAGCUCAGGACCUGGGGGACACCACCACCCUGGAGGACCCCAGCGUUAUCUCGGAGAUACUCAGUGCCUACCAGGAGUACAAGGACAAGAGAGGGGCUUUGUGACGAUGCUGCCCAGGCCCCCACCAGCCCCAAAUGGCUUGUUCUUGCCAUCCCUACAGAACCUGCGCUGCCCUCAUGCAAAGACCUGAGUUCCCGCCCACCCUCCACUUGUGAACCCACGACAGGUCCUCAGACAGGGAGAGCUUCCUCCCUCUUGCCCUGAAUCUGCCACCUGGUGCAAAGUCACUGUCACCUCCAUUCUCAUGUCCUUUCCUGACAACACAGGUGACUGGGAACAAGAAGCGGGCAUGCUUUUUCCAGUGUUUCUAGAAAUGAAAGGCAAAAAUUUUAUUUUUAUACUUUUAUAUUUUAGAAGAAAAAUGGUGUAGACACACAGGUGCAAUGUGUGGAUUUAUUUGUACACACUCUUUAUAAGUUAUGGCAAGUUCCUUUUUUGCCUCUACCUGUGGGGAGGUGUGGAGGGUUGGAGGGUCUGUUCUGGGUAGUUUGGCAUAUUUGAAAUCCGAAUUGGAAAUGUUUGUACUGCUGUCUGAACUCAGCUAUCUUGAAACCUUUCAUGCCUGCAGCACCUGUUUUUGGUGCGUGUUUCUACUUCCCCUGGUUUCUGUGUAAUGAACCCUAACUCCUAAAAGCAGCUGCGUUGUGGCACAGUGGAAAUGAAUCUGACUAGGAUCCAUGAAGAUGUGGGUUCAAUCCCUGUCCUUGCUUAGUGGGUCAGGAAUCUGGCGUUGCCAUGGGCUGUGGUGUAGGUUGCAGAUGCGGCUUGGAUCCCACCUUGCUGCGGCUGCGGCUUAGGCCAGCAGCUGUAGCUCAGAUUUGACCCCUAGCCUGGGAACCUCCAUAUGCCAUAGGUGUGGCUGUAAAAAGACAAAAAUCAAUCAAUAAAUAAAAGCAGCUGAUGGGGAGGGCUCACCUUUCAGUCCUGAAGCGGCUCUGUUCGUGGAUGGUUUCUGGGCUGUGGCCUGCAUAGACUCCUCCCUCACCGCCUUGGACAUUCAGUAGGUGGUCGGGGCGCUCCACACAUGGGGCAGUUCAGGGAAGCGGGGACUCACUAAUACUGCCCCAAUGGGGUCCCCCAAACAGCCCUUCCUCCCUGCUUCAAGUCUCUCCCUUUUCAGAUGUGCCUUAGGUCCUCUGGGCUUAGCAAGCCCACGCAGACCAUUAGGUUGUGAGUGCCUAUUUAUAGCAGGCAUGCAAAGCCCACACAUGCAUGGCGGGGGGUGACCGGCCGAGCUGGGUCCUGGAGCACAGGAGGGUCCCAAACCGGCACCCCCUGGUGGGCGUGGCCUGCAGCUGGGCAGGUGUUUGCGGGGGGACUUGGGUGGGCCUCUCAGGUGGCUGUGGCUAUAGCACAGAUUGGCAGCACUUGAAACAGAGAAGCUCGCACCUGUACCUGUUGUGGUUCGCUGGACUUUACGUUGUGGUUAGGAACGACUUGGCUCUAAAGUAGGGGACAGUGACCAAAGCCUCAAUAUGACUUGUAGGGCCAUUCAAAUAAAGCUUUUGUUUAUUUUCUUUU